GUUCCUUUCCCAAUUCCAGGGUUAGCAGUAGUGUGUGAUGACGACUCGGCGAAGGCGCGCAGGGUCUGAGUCUUACGUGGAGGAGCUGACGGUGCCUGGGGCCUCUGCGAGUGAGCAUCCCCACCAGUUGCAAACUCAGCCUGCCCACACUCAAGCGCCCUACAAUAUCUUGCCACAGGUCGUCAGUCCCUGGGGAACACCAACAGCAAACGUUCCUGCCAACCAAGCAUAUUACAAGAAAACAGAUAUCGUUAGCCCAGGAACUGUGCCUGUGACCUCACCUUGGGCUCCUGGACAGCAGAGUGCGCCUUACAAUAGUGGAGCAGCAUAUGGAACAAAUCAGUGGAAUACUAGUAGUGUAGAUAAUAGAGGACAGUGGAACAGUAACGGUGCUCAGUGGACCAGUGGAGGGUGGAAUAACGGGGGAACACAAGCUGUUGAAGGACUGUGGAACAAUCAAAGUGCCUCAUCUUGGACCAGUGGGAAUUCCAUUCUGUCUGGUCUUGACGAUUCAGAUAUGGCAUCUCGUGACCGCACCCAGGAGUUUGCACGGAUUGUGCGUUCACAACAAGGUAGUCUAACAAAUGGUGCUUUGCCCCACAAUGAUGGAAAGAGAACACGUGACUUGCGUCAGUACAAAGACUUCAUGCAAAGAUCCAAGUUGAUUCACAGAAAUAUAUCCAGCACCUGGGCAAAAUUGGAAAAAUUAACUCACUUGGCAAGAAAAAGAUCUCUGUUUGAUGAUAGUCACGACCGAGAGAUUCAGGAGUUAACAGGGAUCAUCCGCCAUGAUUUGUCUUCCCUGACCAAGCAGCUGGGAGACCUUCGCAACCGAUCCCAUGUCUCGGUAUCUGGGAACAAUACUGCUCACUUACAGAAACACUCCUCCAAUAUUGUGGGAUCACUCCAGACCAAGGUGGCUCUUAUAACACAGAAAUUUAAGGAUGUCUUGGAGGUUCGAACCGAGAACUUAAAGAAACAGGCUGAACGGCGAGAGCAAUUCACAGGUGGCGCUGUCAGUAGUGAGUUACCUCCUGGUGCUGUAGCAGGACACCAUCAAGGCUCUGUGUUGUUAGCAGAUGAAGCAGCUGCAUCAGCUUACAGUAAUGGUGAAGUGUCCAUUAACCUAGGGCAAGGAGGUGCUUACCAUCAGCAAUUGCAACUAAUGGAAGAACAAGAUACAUAUUUACAAAACCGGGCUGAUACAAUGCGAACUAUUGAAUCAACUAUUGUAGAACUAGGCCAGAUGUUCACACAGCUAGCGACUAUGGUCAAAGAGCAAGAGGAAUUGGUUCAUCGAAUUGAUGCCAAUGUAGAAGAUGCUGAAUUAAACGUUGAAGCAGCCCAUUCCGAACUUCUUAAGUAUUUUAAGUCAGUUUCAUCUAAUAGAAUGCUGAUGAUUAAAGUGUUUGGUAUAAUGAUUGUUUUCUUUGUUAUUUUUGUUGUUUUUAUGGCAUAGAAUAUAUGUGAUAUUAGUAUUGUUUAUAUUGUGAGAGUAUGGAAUCUUGUUAACACCAUAAUAGAAAGGUAUCCAAUAGCUUUGUAAAAUAUAUAUUAUUAUAAUAUUGAGUAUUGGGAAGUAUUGCCAGUACUUUCAGAUAGUAAAAUUCUCCUCCACUUACAAAUGUAUGUACCAAAAAGUACUAAUAAUUGCAGCUCAUAAGUGAUCAGCAGUGCCUCAAGUGGUACUUGUCCAAAGUUCAGAAAUAAGCAUUGCUAGAUACUACCACUAAAAGAUUGGUACUUGAGGUUUCAGCAUUAUUACUCUGGAUGACCACUGAUAUAGACUCUACCCGCAAUUUGGAGUUGUUCUCCUAACAGUUUAAUUGGUACUAUAUUGUGAGUUCAUAAGUAGAGGACAGUUCUGCAGUUAAAAAUUACAGGCUGUAAUUCCCAGCUCAGAUGAUGAGUAUAUCUGAAGUAUAUUUCAAGGUGUUUAUGGGACAGACUUUUUAUUUUUAUUUUUUGGGAUUAUUAUUAUGAAUAUCAUAUUCUUAUAUCUCAAUUUUCUCUGUAUUUUUCUUGCUAUUACUUACAUGUUUCUCGUUUAUCUUCCCGUUCUCCUACUUCCCCUUUGUUUUCUCAUUAUAUUUCUCUUCCACCAUUUUUUUUUUUUUUUGCUUUCUUUUCUCAUAUUUAAAAACAUAAACACAUUCUUGGUGUGAAAGAAUUUGUGAGGAAAGAAAUUCUGUCUCGACACUAUUGCUUCUAUUGCAUCAUGUACAUAGUAAAGAAUUGCUUUUUUUUUCUGAAUAACUUUCCAAAAAUUCUGAGUUAGUCCCACGUCCUUUCCCUCUGCAUUGAUUUCUUUUUCCUCCUGCAUCCUUUUCCUUCUUUCUUUGUUCUUAAUAUGGAUCCCUUUCCCCCAUACCUUUUUAUCUUAGACUCCAUGUGCAACCUUUCUCUCCUUUUCUUUAUAGUACUAUUGCUAUUUUCCUUAUUUCCUUGUUUCUUAGUUUCUAAACCCAGACCAGACAUCUGAAAACAAAUGAUCAAUAUCUCUGACUUUUUAUCUAUUUAUUUAUUUUUAUUAUUUUUGUGUUCCUCUCUGGUAACAGUUUCCUGAAAAUAUUGAAAAUAAUCAUUAUCAUAAUAAUAAACGUUCAUUCCAGUUUUUGUAUCUUCAGAGGUAAUACCCAAUUCCCAGUGAUUUAGUUCCUCUCAUGUGCAUAUUCCCUUCUGUAUGUGAAAUGCCAACACAAGCCCCACAUACCGCUCAUAGACCAAACUUAUUCUUGGUAAUUAUUUACUAAAUGCCUUACAAUAAUUGUGAAAUAACUGAUUGAGAAAGGAAAAACUACAAAUUCCAGAAAGGAAUAUAAUAACAUCUCAACCUUUCAUUAUGUAUACUUGUAUAUUAAAUAGGCCAUAUUAUUUAUCAGUUACAAUGUAUAUUGCAUAGAUUCAUUUUAGUUGAUAUAUCAGCCAUUCCUUGAAAGAAAAUUAUAAAUUACAUUUUGAGGAUAUGGGUUAUAUUUAUGUAUAUUUCUCUUCUAUCAUUUCCCUCCAUUAUAAGUUAAUUCUCUUUCUUUUGCUUUACCAGCCACUCUUUAUCAGCUGCCAUGGUUGUACAAGGAUUAUUUAUAUAUGCAUGUGUAAUAGACAUUAUUAUAAAUACUUUGAUUUUAUUAAUAAACCUGCAUAUCUUGA